AUGGAGAGCCCGGCCAAGAGAAGAAAGAAGAACGAUUCCAAACCUGCCACAGUGCCGCACCGCAGCCUCGACUUCUUCUUUCGCAAGCAAAACGAACCAAAGAAGGAAGAAAGAAAUGGUACCGUACAGCGCGACGACGUGGAGGUACAGGAAUCGAUACCUUCCGAGAGGGAGCGAACCGAUGAGGAGCUGGCCAGAAGGCUCCAAGAAGAAUGGGCAAGAGAAGAUGGACAGCACGAGAGCAAUUUCAAGGGCGCCAGUGGCAAAGCGUUGCCAAACCACGCAGAAGACCACGAGCACAAAGCCCAAGAAGAUGUUAAAGAUUUUGUAUCCGCUGCUCUUGAAAAGACUCCUCCACCCGAACCAAUGCCGCCGUCGAACACGCACAAGAAAGGUGUACUUGGAUUGCAGUCUACAGCUUCAGAAGAAGAUACCAUCACAUUAACGAUCCCCUUUGACCAGAGUCCUUUGCUGUUCGAUCCUUCACAAUAUGUCCCUGAUUUGAAGAGGCACUGGGCGGCGGACGGAGGGAACGCUUCAUACGCGCUUCUAACUCGGUGCUUUGUGCUGGUCAAUUCAACUCAAAGUCGAAUCAAAAUCGUGGACACAUUGGUCAAUUGCCUCAGGGUCAUCAUCGAGGCCGACCCGGAGAGUCUUUUGCCUGCUGUCUGGCUAGCUACCAACUCCAUUUCGCCACCUUACAUCUCUCUGGAACUAGGGCUGGGCGGCUCUGCUAUUUCCAAGGCUUUAAAAAAGGUGUGCGGGCUCGAUGGUGCUGGGUUGAAAACACUUUAUGACAAGCAUGGAGACGCAGGAGAUGUUGCAUUCGAAGCAAAGAAGCGACAGAGCUUCACACUGAGGAAACCAAAGCCGCUUACUAUCAAAAGCGCAUAUCAAACACUCGUCAAGAUUGCUAACAGUAAGGGCCAUGGCAGUGUCGAACAGAAGCAGCGACUUGUGGAGCGCCUACUGCAAGAUGCGCGAGGACCAGAAGAAUCUCGAUACAUCGUGAGGACUCUGGUCCAGCAUCUGCGUAUCGGAGCCGUGAAGACGACCAUGCUGAUUGCUCUGGCACGGGCUUUCCAGCUCUCGCGUCCAGCAGGCGCAGACUUCCCCAUCCGAAACCCCGCCGAGCUAACAAAGCUCAAGAAAGAGGAAUUGGCCGUGUUAUGGUCCAGAGCAGAAGAGAUCGUGAAGACAUGCUUUGCACGGCGGCCAAAUUACAAUGAUCUUGUGCCUGGCCUCCUGGAGGUCGGAGUGUCGGAAGAACUGCUGCUGCGUUGUGGCCUGGCAUUGCACAUCCCUCUCCGCCCGAUGCUUGGUAGCAUCACCCGGGACUUGAGCGAGAUGCUCACAAAGUUACAAGGCCGAGAUUUCAGUUGUGAGUUCAAAUACGACGGCCAGCGAGCGCAGGUUCACUGCGACGAACGCGGCAAAGUUUCCAUCUUCUCUCGCCACCUUGAGGUGAUGACCGACAAAUACCCCGAUCUAGUGGCGCUGGUACCUGAGAUCCGCGGCGACGGGGUGUCCAGCUUCAUCUUAGAAGGAGAAGUGGUUGCUGUCGAUCGGAGUACAGGUGAACUCAAGACCUUCCAGACCCUCACAAACCGAGCCAAGAAGGACGUCGAUAUUGGUUCCAUUCAAAUCGAUGUUUGCUUGUUUGCGUUUGAUCUCAUGUACCUCAAUGGCGAACCGUUGCUUGAUCGCCCCUUUCGCGAGCGACGCGGCCUGCUCCGCAGCAUGUUCGUCGAGAAAGAACACCAUUUCACAUGGGUGAACAGCAUCGACGCCACGUCUGCCGAUUCGGAGACUGUGUUGGAGUUCUUCAAGUCCGCCACCGACAUGAAGUGCGAGGGUAUCAUGGUUAAAGUGCUAGACAACUUGCCGAAUCCUGACCUUGUAGGCCCAGAAGACGACGAAGAAAUGCCCGCGUCGGCACCGGUGACCCCAAGCAAGAAGAAAGCUGGCAAGAAAGGCCAAGCUGAAAGGCAAGAGGAGAAAGAAAAGGGUACCCGUCGCAAAGCCCUCCUCGCGACGUACGAGCCGGAUAAACGGCUCGAUUCCUGGCUCAAAGUGAAAAAAGACUACGCGCAAUCUGCCGACACGAUCGACCUCAUCCCCGUGGCUGGGUGGCACGGACAAGGUCGGAAAGCCAAGUGGUGGUCUCCCAUCCUCCUCGCGUGCCGCAAUCCCGAGACUGGAAGCUUGGAGGUAGUCACCAAGUGUAUCUCGGGAUUCACGGACAAGUUCUAUCAAGCGAACAAGGAAAAGUACGCCGAGGACGGCGACAACACGAUGCGGACAAAACCGAGCUACAUCGAGUACAGUGCGUAUGAGCCUGACGUGUGGUUCGAACCGCAGGAAGUGUGGGAGAUGGCCUUUGCAGACAUCACCUUGUCCCCGACGUACACGGCCGCGAUCGGCCUGGUCAGUGAGGAGAGGGGGUUGAGUAUGCGGUUCCCCAGGUUUUUGAAAGUGAGAGAAGACAAGAGCAUUGACGAGGCCAGUACGAGCGAGUUCCUGGCCGGCCUGUAUAGGAAGCAGGAGGCGCGGAUCAAGGAAACUGGGAAGGCUGGAGGGGAAGGUGACGGCGAGGAGGAUGACUUGGAAGGAUAA